AUGGGUAAAUCUGAUCAUUUGAAGCUCUUUGGCAAAAAGAGUGGGGGGAAAGAUGCAAGAAGCCCUGAGACCAGGAGUCGUAAUAGUCGCAGCAGUACAGAUAAUCGUAGUUCAAUUGGUAAUAAUGGCAGCGAUAAUCCAUUAGCUAGGCUUUCAGAUUUGGAUUUAGAAGAAGGUGUUGACGAUGAUGCGGAUUUUGACUGGGAUACUCUGCCACUACCCCCAUCAGAUGCGCAGUCCUUAGAUAAUCCUUUUAAUAGUGGCGAGGCCUUGCCAUCUUUCAGGAGGAGAGGUGGUCCAACUAGUAAUGAUGCUAUUGAGAGAGAUGCCGUAGAUACGAUAAGAGAUACAAGUGGUGCGUAUGAGGAACCGGAUUCAGCAUCAGAUGGUGAAGACGUUGGAAUGAACGAUGAAUACCAAAGGAAAAGAGAGAGAUUAGUUGACGUUAAUGAUAGUGCGUCUGAAGUGUCAUCUCCCCGCAGAGAGUCAAGGGAAGGUAAAAACGUUAGAUUUCACACGGAAACGGAUGAUAUUAACCCCGAAGAUCCAAUCGCAGCUCCAGCAGCAAACACGGAAGCUGGUACAGGGACCAAUGAGAAUGGAGAAGCUUCUUCAUCAGGGAUGAAGAGCUCAAUAAAUGUGGACGAUGAGGAAGGUUCAGAGACAUCUUCGAGUAACAAUGAGAAUAAACUCGAUCAUUUCAAAAAAUUUUUUAGGAGAGGUUCCGUACAGAACAAACCUGAUGGAGGUGAAGAUGGCGCUGAAAAAGGUAUGAAAAGUAUGAAAGAUGAUGAUAACGAUGAUGAGAAGGAAGGCGGUGGUGGAUUUUUCUCUAAGGUCAUUCAAAAUAUUAAAGAUGCUAAUAACGGGCUAGCCCCUGGACUCAGGAAUGUUAAUUUACAUCCUGAAGCAGAUCCUGAGAAAAAUAGUGUCCAAGAAGCAGAGGUCGAUGGUGAUGAUAUUCAGUUAGUCGACUUUAACUCAGUUGCAAAGGGUCUUGUAAAAAAUUAUUCCAGUUUGCCUCAAUCUGCUCAUCACCAGAAGGAACCAGCAAUCCUUGAGGGCGAUACCAUGUACAGCCCCUCUACUCCCUCAUCAUCCCCAGGACCUGAAAGUUUUGUUGCAGCACCUAUGGAUGAUUAUGAUUUCGAUCAAGUCGAUAGUGAUGGAGAAGAUUCUGAUUUAGAUCCAUUCGUGGGAGCUCAAACUUAUGUGCCUCCACCUCAGAGGGUUAGAGGUGGUGUUUUGGGUUCACUGCUGAAAAUGUAUCAAAAUGAGGAUGUUUCAGAUUCGUUUUCUACUGCUUCAUCAAUAGGAGAGGAACCUGCCAAACCCUCUAAACCGCUUUUAGAUCCACAUUUUUCAAAGGGAAAAAUUCCUACAGCUGGCUCCCUAUUACAUGUACCUUCUUCAGCUGCCAGUCAUCUAAAGAAAAAUGCACAACAAUUAGCAGGUGGUGCACACAAUUUAGCUACUAAACACUAUCCAGGUAGAAAGAAUGAAGAAGCCUCAGGUUCUAAUUCUGAGUUACCGUCUUUCAAAAAUACCAGACCCAAAAAGAAUAAGAAGCAUCUACCCAAAUUCAAAAAGAAAAUGGCAGCUGAGGCAAAGAUCACCGUUCACAUUGCUGAUCUUUUGCAAAGACAUCGUUUCAUUUUACGUAUGUGUAAAGGUUUGAUGAUGUACGGUGCCCCCACCCACAGAUUGGAAGAAUAUAUGAUUAUGACAUCUCGUGUUCUAGAAAUCGAUGGUCAAUUCUUAUAUUUACCUGGUUGUAUGAUUGUUUCCUUCGGUGACGCAACUACAAGAACUUCUGAAGUGCAAUUAGUUAGAUGUGCCCAAGGUCUUAACUUGUGGAAAUUGCAUCAAGUGCACAGUAUCUACAAACAAGUUGUUCACGAUACCAUGAGUGCUUCUGAAGGUAACAUUCUCAUGGAUAAAGUUUUACAAGAUCGUAACUUGGUCCCAUCCUGGGUUUGUGUUCUUCUGUAUGGAUUCUGUUCUGCCAUGGUGACACCUUAUGCAUUCGGUGGUGAUUGGGUGAAUUUAGCCGUUUCUUUCUUUAUCGGGACCUGUGUGGGUGCUCUACAAUUCAUCGUUUCCGCACGUUCUAACAUGUACUCCAACGUCUUCGAAAUUAGUGCAUCCAUCGUCGUCAGUUUUGUUGGUAGAGCGUUUGGGUCUAUCGGCGGUUCUAAGAUCUGUUUCGGUGCGGUGACCCAAGGGUCGUUGGCCCUCAUUUUGCCCGGUUAUAUUAUUCUGUGUGGUGCUUUGGAAUUACAAAGUCGUAAUCUAGUCGCAGGAUCGGUGAGAAUGUUUUACGCCAUUAUUUAUUCUCUGUUUUUGUCCUUUGGUAUUACACUAGGGGCCGCAUUAUUUGGUUGGAUGUACAAGAAUGCUACUAACGAAACCAAUUGCCCCUACCCAAUUUCUCCAUGGUACAGAUUCUUAUUUGUUCCUGCAUUUACCAUUGGUAUAUCUUUGAUCAACCAAGCUCACUGGAUUCAAUUACCCGUCAUGGUGACGAUUUCAUGUACCGGUUACGUUGUCACCUAUUAUAGUGGUAAGCAUUUCAAAAAUUCAACGGAAUUUACUGCAUCUUUAGCGGCAUUUGUCAUUGGAAUCAUGGGUAAUCUUUACUCAAGAGUAUGGAAAGGUCUUGCUGUAUCGGCAAUGUUACCUGCCAUCUUCGUGCAGGUUCCAUCAGGUGUUGCAUCUCAAUCAUCUUUACUCUCUGGUUUACAAAGUGCUAAUGAACUUAUUAAAACUAACAGUACAAAAGGGGGAGACGCUAUGCCGGGGGCAUCUGAUUUAUCAGGAUCACUGUCAUUUGGUAUCACUAUGAUUCAAGUUUCUAUUGGUAUCACUGUGGGACUUUUUGGGUCAUCAUUAAUUGUUUAUCCAUUUGGUAAGAAAUCCACUGGUUUAUUCAGUUUGUGA